UAUGAUUUUUGAUGAAAUACCCUAUGAUGAUUCAAAUCAUAAUGAAAUCUACAAUGAGAACUCCAAUCAUGAAAUAAUACUUUAAUAAUUGAAAAAUUUAGCAACUACAUAAGAAGCAAAGAUUUAUAGUACAUUUAAUUAAGAUUGGAAGGGUAUUAAUAUGUAGUGAUUUUGUAUAGCUCAAUUAGACCCAUAAGUGAGAUAAUGGAUGACUUAAGUGAGAUAAAACUAUUUCGAAACUUAAAAAAAGUCUUAAAAAGUGAUUUAAAAUAUUUAACUCGAAUCUUACUCAUCAGAUAAUCAAACUGCUGAUUUAUAAUUAGAUGACUACUUCUAACUGUGAA